AAAUAUAUGCAUUUAUAAAUAAUUUUGUGCGUUUACCUAGCAUAUUACUUUUCAAAUCUCCGCAUAAAUGUUAACCUACCUUCUAAAAAUAUGUAAUGUGCUAAUGCACUGACAAUUAAUAUGUAUCAAACGUAGUGUCAAACUUAAAAAUGUGCACGUCGAACCCCUGUAUAUACAAUAAAAAAGUAUACAGACCUAUCGGUAUUUAUUUAUAAGAUACCAUCUUAAAUCUCUCUGUCAACGUAAAAUAUGGAAUUUGCAAAGAAACACGAAAAAUCUGUGAACUAUUUGACGACAUUGAGAAGUCCAAUGGCGGUCGUAAAAAAAAGGUCAGGGCAGUUGGAAAGAGCUCUUGAGGAAGUGAACGACGGUACAGCCGUAUCGGAAAUAUGGUCGUUGCCGUCAGAAGACCCACAUUGUCCAGAUGCCUUUAGCAUGCGUAAGCCAGUGAAUUUUGGGAGUAAGCUCUUUGAAGGAGCUCCUUCUCCAAAUAAACUGCGACGUCGCAGCAUAAAAGACAAGGAAAAAAAACGCGAGCGCUGGCUUCUAACUCGAAAAACCUGGAGAUAUAUGACAGAUGCAGGCCGCAAGCUAAUUCCCGAUGGUUAUCAAACUGGGUCAGGUAAUCAUGACCUAAUUAAAGAUCAAUUUCAACGGGUGUGUUUAUCUGAACCAAGUUUUAUUUUAUGGAGUCGACGAAGAACAUCAUAUCCAGGAGCAUUCAGCAGUUCAAAGCAGAGAUUAAAACCAUUGUCGAGGCACGCAAGUGCCACCCGCAGAAAACAUGCAGUUGAUGCAACAAAAGAUUAUCAUAUUGCCGAUCGAGUCAUCGAAUUAUUGCAGACGUAUCUUCAACUUCGUGAUGCAUACAAAACCACAACAUUACUUGGAACUAAAACGGUUCGGCCAGACCAAACAUCAUCUCCUAGUGCACAAAGGCCUAACUUUAAAAACAAGAGUGUCAACCAUCAAGUAAUGUCAUCCGGCACAUCGAUUCAAAGCGAGCUUUUGUCCCAUCUUAAAUUGUUAUCUAAUAGCCCUAUAUUUGCACAUGAGGGAGUUCAGUUUAAGUUUGGCAAUGCACACCUAGACAUUCUCGAAGACAAAGUUCUUUUGAAGAAAAUCUAUAGCGCACUUAAGAAACAGCAGCUUCAUCGAACGCUACAUUCCAAUGAUCCGUAUAUCGAUAAUAUUUCAACUUCAUUGUCUUGCUUAUUAAAAAAUGGAAUGCAAUUAUCUAGAGGUAUCAUUGAUAUAAACAAUAAGUUACUACAUGAAAAUGUUGUAUGUCUUAAGAAUUGUGAUACUACCCCCCUUUUAUCAAGCGCAAAAACAGAACUUUAUUUAGAUCUGAAUAAAGUCCCACAAAACGUUGAGUUUAAAAACGAAUGCCACUCGAACGGGCAGAUCGUUGAAAGAAUCCUAAAAACCUGUGGAACUCAAACGAACUUUAUUCAACUUAGCGAGCUAAAAACUUUGGCGCAGCAGUACAACCCCACGGUAAAAAAUUGCAAUACUACUGAAGAGCCAAAUAAAAAUGACUGUUUAAAAUCUUCCAAUUUAAUAAGUAGGAAAAGUUCAAUUGACGAAGAUAUUUCUCAAUCAGUUAGCGAUACGAUUAAACGGUAUUUAAACAUGGCAAGAAAAAAAAGUAUGCAAGAUUCUGACUCAAACCGAUUUAAAUCGAUUAACUAUGACAAAAACUUGAGAAAUAUCAAAGCAAAGGGCGUAAUAAAUCCACCGGGAAUAAGUGCAGGAUUACACAAAGCUGUACAAACGUUAAAUGCUUGGCCUCUCAUAGCUUUGGAUUUUAUACGGGGAAACGAAUGUUCUUCAAAUCUUAAAAACGCUCACUUAGAAUGGUUAAGAUUAGAGGAUGAGCGAAGUCAGAUACAUUUAGAGUGGGAAAAAAAUCUAACAGAAAUAAGGAGUAAAGUGCACACAAAUCCACAAAUUGCAAGUCCGGGAAACAGCCAUACGUAUUCCAAGUGCAUUUCUGCACCUACUUCGCCGACUAGUCAUUCAAAGUUAGAAAAGGCUAUAAAGACUUCCAGCGGACUAAUAUCUUCAAGUUCUCAAUUUAUUUUAAAUAUUUUGCACGGACAUAGUAAUGCUGGACACAAUUUUAACACACUUACAGACAAAUUCCUGGAUUCAAAUCAGGGUCAUGCAACGGCAAGUAUGCAGAAGUCAAAAUCGUUAUCUAAUGUGGGCCAAUUUGUAACAAAACGAAUGUGGCGGAGUCGAUCCAAAAGCCAAAAUAAACGGAGUGUCUCUAAGAACUCUACACCAACUCUAAAAUGGUAUCCGUCGGAGAAUUAUUUAUGGAUUUCAGAGUCUGGCGAAUCUUUUCAAAUAGUGGAGACAAAUCUAACAAGGCUGUCAAAAACAGAAUCAGAUAUAGUAAAAAAUUUUGCAUUCGAAAAAAUUCAGGAACUAAAUAUUGGAGAUAUUGAAGAUCUAAAAAUAUCGUUCCAAAAACGACAAGCUACUCCUAAAAAAAAAUCCUUGACUACAAGCUUUUUUGAUAAUGGAAAGAAAUAUGAUGACAAUGGUCGCACAGUAUUGUUCGGAACUUCUUUGGAAUGUUGCUUAGCAAGAGACAGACAACGCAAAGUUUAUAUAGAAGACCGAUCGAAGUAUUCACUAAUGUCAGUGUUUCGUGGAAGCGGUAGUAGCCCAGGAAGUGUUUUGAAGCUUAAUGAUAAUGUCAGGUCAUGGGAAAGCUUACCAUCAAAGUCUCUUGAAUACGGAAUUACGGACCUCUCUGAAUAUUCUAGAGGCUCCUUUACAAAUAUAUUAAAGCCUUUAGCAUCGCUAUCUCAUUCUGAAAUUGAACGCAAUAAAAUGAAUUUCGUUAAGUCCUUUGAAGAGCCAUCAAAAUUAAUGGUACCAAUAUUCGUAAACACCUGUAUUGAUUACUUAGAAGAGAAAGGAUUACAACAGGUUGGGCUCUUUCGGGUGAGCACAUCCAAAAAACGAGUAAAUCAAUUGCGAGAGGAAUUCGAUAAAGAUAUUAAUUUUGGAAUUUCUGUUGACACAUGCCCACAUGAUGUAGCCACACUGCUUAAAGAAUUUCUACGUGAUCUUCCGGAACCACUACUUUGCAACACACUCUAUUUAACGUUUUUAAAAACACAACGUAUUCGGAAUCGACGCUUGCAACUAGAGGCUAUAUCACAUUUGAUAAGACUACUUCCCGAACCACACAGAGACACGUUGUACGUCUUACUAGUAUUUCUAGCUAAAGUGGCAGCACGCAGCGAUGAUAUAUGGUCUACUGAUGGAUGUUGCGUAACUCUUGGAAAUAAAAUGGAUAGCAAUAAUCUAGCCACAGUAUUUGCUCCAAAUAUUUUGCGUAGCACUCUUUUGACAUUUUCAAGGGAUAAAGAGCAAGAAAAUAUGAGCGAUGCAAUUAAUGUCGUGAGAUUAUCUCACCGGCAAAGUGUUAAAAAUAGUUUUCGGCAAAUUUUAUAUAUGUUACUUUUCUUUCAAAUUAUUUUCUUUACCAGAACCAUGAUAAAUCACUAUGAAGCACUUUUCAAGAUAUCAGCAGAAUUACUUAAUGCCAUUUAUACGCAUGGGCUGGAAGCUUGUCCCGAAAAGUUAUAUGAGCUAAUUUCUACGAAAGUAAAUGGAUCCGAAUGGACCCAACAGGAAAUAGAUGACCCUCAACCAAGCAGUUUAUCGAAUGUCGCUUUCGAAACUCCCAUCGAAGGAAAGCGGAAUGACAAUAUCAAUGAUUUAAGCAACAUUGACUUAAAAAAUUGGCAAGAUAAGCCAACAGAUCAUAGUCAUCCGGAUGAAAGUCAUAAUGAAAAUUUAGAGAUUCUCACCGCUAGUCUCAAAAUAUCUGUUCCUGAACAAAGUUACAAAAGUCCCAAAGAGUCUAUCAAAAACCAAGAACUUAAAACGUCAUACAAAAAGAUUUCUAAAUCUAGCCACCUAGCCAAUAUAUCAGAUGUCGGUGUCAAGACAUUAGGGGCAGAUGACGACGAGAACAAAAUCGAAAUACCUACAUCUAACAACUUCUUUGGCAUCCAUAAACAGGAUAUUCGCAAAAAAACAACAUAUAAGCGACAGCACCUAAUUUCGAGCUCAAGACGAAUAAACCAAGAACCAUAGAUUUUACUUAUAAUAAUUUAUAUAUUUGUUUAACAAUAAUAGUGUUUUUAAAAAAUACAUAUACUCCUGCUGUGUUGGAUGAAUUAUA